AUGCCUAUGAAACGGAAUACAGGAAGCCCGAUCCAGGAUGGACAAUUUCUUAAUGUUCAUCCACCAACCAUUACAUCCUGCGAUGCCUCUGAGGAGCUCAAGCACACCACUUUUUCUAACGAGAAAUUACGCUGUGAUUUCAAUGGACAUUCACUCUCAAAGUUUGACGAGGAAGGUGAUUUGGGAAUUAAAUCAGGUGAGGAAUAAUGUCGGAUUAAUAGACCUACACAUAGGCUGAGAGGUUCCCUCUUCCCCCAAGAGUCAUACAAUUAUAACCUCCAAAACAAGAGCCCUAAUUGUUGAUGUCAGCUAUUACAGUUUGUGCUCCAUUCAAUUGUAGGUUAUUUUUUAUUGAAAUAUGCCUGCACCAAAAUAUACUUAUUUCAUUGUUUGUUGGGUAGGCUAGAAUAAAAUAAUGUUUACCACAUGAAAACAAUCUACUCAAUCUGACCCAGUUGACCAAAAAUAACAUUUUCUCUGUUCUGUUCACUUUGAUGAGUCUUGAAAAUCCUGUCUAGGGAGUACUUAUUUCUAAUUGUAUGGUUCAUUUAGCCACCUACCCAUCUGGAAACGUGUCAUGGCCCUGAACUACUCAAAUAGAUAUUUCACCUCAUUACUGUUUUCUCCCCCAAAACCCUGUCAGACGCAGAUGACGGCAAUGAGACCCCAUCUUCUGAGGAGGACCAGGACCUCCUUGAGUAUUCCAAACAUUUGGCUUUCAACCAGACGACCACAAGGAAAAGCAUCACUCAGAUAAUCAAGGACAAGAAGAAACAGACUCAGUUGACUCUUCAAUGGUAGUGUUCCAAAGUCACAACCUAUAGAAAUCUAUAAUAUGGCUUGUGUUGUGAUGCACUUGUAUAAUAACAAGCCUUCUUACAAAUGUUAAUGUUUCUUUUCUUGUUGGUGAUUGAUUUUACAUGGAUUUCUGUGACUGCUUGUUCCCUAGGCUGGAGGAAAACUACAUUGUUUGUGAAGGGGUUUGUCUGCCACGUUGUAUCCUGUACGCUCACUACCUAGACUUCUGCAGGAAGGAGAAACUGGAUCCAGCCUGUGCUGCUACAUUUGGCAAGGUGAGAUGAGUAAUGUCUGUAGUUGAGGUGGUGGGCUGAAGUCUGGAUGGGUCGUAGUUUGUGGAAGAUGUAAGUAAGUACAACAUAGUAAUAAUGGUGGUGUAAAAAUGGUAUUAUGUUUUUUGUAUCGUUCUCUGUGCAUAUUAGACAAUUCGGCAGAAAUUUCCACUUCUUACAACAAGAAGACUUGGGACCCGAGGUCAUUCAAAGUAAGAUAUAGUGGGAAAUAUUAUUUUCAAACAGAUGAUCUGAUCUGUCUCAAUAUAAAAUGUUAAAUUUUGUUGAUAUUUGACAGAUAUCAUUAUUACGGGAUUGGCAUCAAAGAGAGCAGUGCCUAUUAUAACUUGGUGUACUCAGGAAAAGGCUUGACGAGGUAAGAUCAUUUACAGGUUUUGCUCUGUAGCGUUAUUGUGAUCAAUCUGUAAUGUUCUUUAUAGAAAGUGAUCAGCCAGUUCCUAGGCUAGUUACUCAACCAUAAAUACAAUGUUUGUAAAUUUGUGAUAGUAUGGGAUUUAAUGUCAAUCUGAUGUAUUAUUUGAUUGUAGAUUUUCAGGGAGCAAACUAAAGAAUGAGGUAAGAUUUUUAUGAAUAAACAGUCUCUAGCAAAUACAUAAAUGACAAAGAACAUAUGAUUUAAUUGUUUUCAUUUUUAUGUAAAAUAUUACAGACAUGAAUCAUGUUUUCUAAUACAUUCAAACUGUAGUCAAGACUACAAGGUCAAAAUAUUAAUACAGUUUGGUAUUCCUCUAUUUAAUAGGGAGGGUUCACUCGGAAAUACUCCCUCAGUUCCAAAACAGGAACAUUGCUUCCAGAAUUCCCAAGUCCACAGCAUCUAGUGCUUCAAGGUUUCGUCUCUAAAGAAAAGGUUUGUUGUAUUAUUUUAAUCAGUACUUCAACUUUCUUUGCCAUCAAGAUUUGCUGAUUACAUACAGUAGAGUAUCCUCUGUGAAAACACCUGUAACUAUUAUUAAUGAUCUUUGCAUUAUGUCCAAUAGGUGGACACGCUCAUCGUGAUGUACAAAACACAUUGUCAGUGCAUCCUGGACAAUGCCAUCAAUGUCAACUUUGAAGAGGUAUUCUAUACCAAAUCCAGACAUAAGAUGUUGUAGCCUCUUUUGACAAAUUGUCCCCUGACUCUCUAUUAACUAUGUUUCAGAUACAGAAUUUCCUGCUGCAUUUCUGGCAAGGAAUGCCCGACCACCUCUUACCCCUGCUGGAGAACCCCAUUAUCGUGGACAUCUUCUGUGUGUGUGACUCUAUACUCUAUAAGGUGGGUGUUUUUCCAGAAUCAUAGAGCAGCAUCCUUAGUUGUUGGAGGACUCCUACCUCAACUGGACAGGUUGUACUAUCCAUUUGGGGUUUUUCAGGUUCUGACAGAUGUCCUGAUCCCUGCUACGAUGCAGGAGAUGCCUGAAAGGUAGAGUAUUUUUAUCUUUCAUCAUUUGUAUUUUUCUCAUCUAAACACCAGAUUUGCAGUAAGGUUUAUACUGUAUGAAAUUAACAUUAAUAAGAUACCGCCGUCUCUCCAGGUGACGUAUUGUUGUGUAUAAAGAUAAUCCUGUUCGCAGUCUCCUGGCUGACAUCCGUAACUUUGCCAAGCACUGGGAACACUGGAUGGUGUCUUCUCUGGAAAACCUCCCAGAAUGCCUCUCAGAGAAGAAGCUCCAGAUCGCACGCAGAUUUGUGUCCUCUCUAAAGCGUCAGACCUCCUUCUUACACCUUGCCCAGGUAAAGCACUGAUUACAGCACGGGAGGAAUAUAAAUAUAAUUGUGUUAACUUUACAACAACAUACAGUGAGGGAAAAAAGUAUUUGAUCCCCUGCUGAUUUUGUACGUUUGCCCACUGACAAAGAAAUUAUCAGUCUAUAAUUUUAAUGGUAGGUUUAUUUGAACAGUGAGAGACAAAAAAAUAAAAAUCCAGAAAAACGCAUGUCAAAAAUGUUAUAAAUUGAUUUGCAUUUUAAUGAGGGAAAUAAGUAUUUGACCCCCUCUUAAUCAGAAAGAUUUCUGGCUCCCAGGUGUCUUUUAUACAGGUAACACGCUGAGAUUAGGAGCACACUCUUAAAGGGAGUGCUCCUAAUCUCAGCUUGUUACCUGUAUAAAAGACACCUGUCCACAGAAGCAAUCAAUCAAUCAGAUUCCAAACUCUCCACCAUGGCCAAGACCAAAGAGCUCGCCAAGGAUGUCAGGGACAAGAUUGUAGACCUACACAAGGCUGGAAUGGGCUACAAGACCAUCGCCAAGCAGCUUGGUGAGAAGGUGACAACAGUUGGUGCGAUUAUUCGCAAAUGGAAGAAACACAAAAUAAUGUCAAUCUCCCUCGGCCUGGGGCUCCAUGCAAGAUCUCACCUCGUGGAGUUGCAAUGAUCAUGAGAACGGUGAGGAAUCAGCCCAGAACUACACGGGAGGAUCUUGUCAAUGAUCUCAAGGCAGCUGUGACCAUAGUCACCAAGAAAACAAUUGGUAACACACUACGCCAUGAAGGACUGAAAUCCUACAGCGCUCGCAAGGUCCCCCUGCUCAAGAAAGCACAUAUACAUGCCCGUCUGAAGUUUGCCAUUGAACAUCUGAAUGAUUCAGAGGAGAACUGGGUGAAAGUGUUGUGGUCAGAUGAGACCAACAUGGAGCUCUUUGGCAUCAACUCAACUCGCCGUGUUUGGAGGAGGAGGAAUGCUGCCUAUGACCCCAAGAACACCAUCCCCACCGUCAAACAUGGAGGUGGAAACAUUAUGCUUUGGGGGUGUUUUUCUGCUAAGGGGACAGGACAACUUCACCGCAUCAAAGGGACGCUGGACGGGGCCAUGUACCGUCAAAUCUUGGGUGAGAACCUCCUUCCCUCAGCCAGGGCAUUGAAAAUGGGUCGUGGAUGGGUAUUCCAGCAUGACAAUGACCCAAAACACACGGCCAAGGCAACAAAGGAGUGGCUCAAGAAGAGGCACAUUAAGGUCCUGGAGUGGCCUAGCCAGUCUCCAGACCUUAAUCCCAUAGAAAAUCUGUGGAGGGAGCUGAAGGUUCGAGUUGCCAAACGUCAGCCUCGAAACCUUAAUGACUUGGAGAAGAUCUACAAAGAGGAGUGGGACAAAAUCCCUCCUGAGAUGUGUGAAAACCUGGUGGCCACCAAGUACGUCUCACCUCUAUGAUUGCCAACAAGGGUUUUGCCACCAAGUACUAAGUCAUGUUUUGCAGAGGGGUCAAAUACUUAUUUCCCUCAUUAAAAUGCAAAUCAAUUUAUAACAUUUUUGACAUGCAUUUUUCUGGAUUUUUUUGUUGUUAUUCUGUCUCUCACUGUUCAAAUAAACCUACCAUUAACAUUAUAGACUGAUCAUUUCUUUUUCAGUGGGCAAACGUACAAAAUCAGCAGGGAAUCAAAUACUUUUUUCCCUCACUGUAUUUAAAAGUAUAUAAAGUAUAUCUAUAUAGCAUAUCUUAUUAUGACUCUAAGAAAUUGAAAUUGCAUAUAUAAACUGAAAGUCCUAGGGCUUGAUUCAAUCUGUAGCACUGAAUAUCAGCGUUACAGCGUGAUUGAAAUUUUAAGGCAAUGUUUCCGCGUUUGUGGAGACUGCAAUUACGGUAAACGCUGCAUAUGUCGACUCAUUCUGAAAUUACCUUUAAAUUUCAAGCGCGCUAAACCGCUGAAAUUCGACGAUACAGAUUGAAUCCAACCCCUAAUUUUUUUUUUUUUAACAAUUUAUUUUCUUACAACAGAUUGCAAGACCAGCUUUGUUUGACCAGAAUGUGGUGAACUCCAUGGUGGUGGAUAUAGAUAAAGUGGAUUUGAACAGCAUAGGGUCACAAGCCCUUCUCGCCAUCUCAAGUGGUGACCAAGACUCUGACCUCUACUCUGAAUGUGAGUAGAACAUUUCCAUUGUACAUGGCAAACACUGCCAGGUUAAUUCCUGUAAACAAUUCAUUUUCUUUCUCGCCAUGUUUGCUAGAUGACUCAAUAACAGUGUUCCAAGAGCUGAAAGACCUACUGAAGAAGAAUGCCACUGUGGAAUCCUUUAUCGAGUGGCUGGACACUGUUGUGGAGCAGAAGGUCAUUAAGGUACGUUGUCCCCAUUUCAAAUCUAAGAUUGGGGUUGUCAGAUUGGAUGUUGACAUCUAAUCUGUUUCUUUCUCUCUCCAGCCCGGGAAGCAGAACGGACGGUCCAUAAAGAAGAGAGCUCAGGACUUCCUCCUCAAGUGGAGUUUCUUUGGAGCACGCGUUAUGCACAACCUCACGUUGAACAACGCCACCAGUUUUUGUAAGAAUUUACUACAUCCCUCUAACAGUUCCUCUGGUAGCCUGUAAAUCCAUGUAACAACUAGAACAUGGAGGAAAUGCUGUAAACUACUCUAUUUGUAUUUAAUUUAACCUUUUAGUUAAAUUCAGACUGCCAUUACUACUGAGUCACUACGUCAGACGCAAACACAUAGAUCUUUUCGGCCGGCUCUGAACAGAAUGCUACAAUGAGCCAUAAAUUAUAAUGGCCUGGCACCAGGUAAAGAAAUUAUUAUCUCUCGGUCGCGUGAACUGUGUUUGAAGACAGACCUCUCCCAUGCACCUUCCUCACCCCCAUUUGACGGCUCUAUCACCAAACUCAAGUCAAAUAGAUUGGGGGACAAUCACAUGACCCUACAAGUCAAACAGUAGGCCUGGUGAGAUGAAAGGUGAAAGCAGAUCUCUGGGGCUGGUCAGGUCAAACCCUCAGCACCUGCAAAUUGGUGCACAGAAUAGCUUUUGGAGCCUUGUCACAGUUUGUAAGGUGAAGGCUGUUAGAGAUUGGCUGAAGAUUAUGUCAUGAUAGUGACAAUGAAACUAGAUUUGAUUUCUGGUGGGGAACUAGGACAGUAAGAGAUGUGUUUUUUUGUCCCAGGUUCGUUCCAUCUAAUCCGCAUGCUGCUGGAUGAGUAUAUCCUACUGGCUAUUGAGACACAAUUCAACAACGACAAAGAACAAGACCUCCAGAAUCUCCUAGAUAAAUACAUGGGAAAUGCAGGCAAGCAAUUAUAUAACAUACAUAGACUAUCUAAUUAUACGUACAACUCUGAUUGUUCUUUUUCAUUAUUAAGUUGUUAUUGAAUUUCAAAUUAAGACUAUCAGUUUUUAUGGAGCAGUAUGGAGAAAUGAUGGAGGAUGUAGGAUCAUUGAGGUGCAUUGUUAUGAUUAUUUUCAGAUGCCAGCAAGGCGGCAUUCAAUGCCUCCCCCAGCUCUUGUUUCCUGGCCAACCGUAACAAGCCCAGCGCGGUGUCCGGUGAUCUGUCUGUGAAGAAUGAGUCCCUCUCAGAACACGCAUACAUGACCCUGUCAGCCAAUCAUCAGCAUGCGCUGGGAGCAAACAUGGCCAUCUACCAGGGCUCUGAAACCGAUGGAUUCUCCCUAUCAGGUAAAAAUAUGUUUUUUAGGGUGACAUGACUCCUUUUCUUACUUGUUCCUGAAUUUAAUUUGCCCCAUUGUAUGUUAGCUUUAUUCAUACUUUCAUAGGUUUAACAUAAAACUGCUUAUUCGUAGUAAAGGUUCCUAUUGUGUUGUCUAAAAUCUUGGUCACUUAUCUCUGUGCCCCCAGGACAAAUAGACUUUUCCCAAAACAGUGGCCCUCUGAUGACCCCUCCCAUCUCCCCAGCCAUGGUGAACAGGGGCAGUGUCAUCAACCAGGGCCCCAUGACCAUCAGACCCCAGAGCACCUGCACCACCAUCCAGCCCCACAUCUCCUGCCAAGCCUUCCCAAACACCAUGUACCAGAGCCUCCCUCCCAGCAGCCCCAGCUACUACCCCAUCACCUCCAACUACCAGGAUGUGUUCAGGCCCCAGACACACGCCCAGGCCCCGGCCUACCACACCCACUCCGACAGCAGCCACUACCCGUCCUUCAGUGAGCAGCACCUGGCCAAAGAUUACUUCAACAGCAGCUGUGCAGUGUCCCCCUACAGCUCCAGACACUCCUCCAAUUACAGCACAGCCCCUGAUCCUGGGAUGGAGACUCAGGGAGUUGAGCUACUGGACUCUGGAGGAUACAACUUUGUUGGGAGUGGGUUAAACAGUAGUGGCUGUCAGGAGUCUGCCUACUCAGCAGCAGGACACAAUGGUAUGGAUGACUACACCUAUGUUUUCUCCAUUGAAUUAUCAGAAAAUGGGCCCUGAGUUUUUCUAGACCACGUGGCCUCACUAGUCAGUUUAUCCUGGUUAGAUCACAUGGUCACAUCACCUGGUCAGAAAUAAUUUAGGGCCCUAACAAUAAGUAUUAUCGUAAAUAAAAAGAUUAAUGCGUAUUCUACUAAUAGAGGAACCUCUCUGUUUUUCAGGGUACUAUGGAAAUAGUGGCUACCUGGAUAGCCAGAGGCUGGGUUCCAUGAUAAACCAGCAUGUGUCAGUUAUCAGCAGUGUGAGCAGUAUUCGCUCAGUCUCAGCGUAUGGUGAAGUACACGACCCCCUCAACAUCCUGGAUGACACGGGCAGAAAGACGGUUGGGCCUUACUACACUGAGUCUGACUCACUGGGCUCCUGCACACCUGGAGGUCAGUGACAAAUGAUGGAUUGAUAGGGAACUCCAAUGUUCCACUACCAAUGUGUAGCAAUGGCCUGGGUGAAACAAUGAAUGCAAGACAAGAAUGGUUGUAGUAAAUGACAGAAAAUGUUUUGUUUUUUUGAAGAUAUUAUUUUGUGGUUUUGUCUCUGCUGUAGCUCCUCCCCUCCCCUCCUCGGUCUCCGCACCCUGCAUGUACGGAGGUCCUGCCCAGUUCCACUCCCAGGAUGCACUGCUUCCUCACCGGGCACCAUCUGCGGUACGGGACAUGAUGUCAUCGCUGCCUCCCAUCAACACUGUGUUCAUGGGGUCUAGUGGAGGAGGAACGUGUGCCGUGACCUUCCCUCCAACCACCAACACUCCUCAAGGUCCUCCCACACCACUCAGUCACUGUAAGCAGUGA